ACAUGACUUGCAAAGCAGGAAACGCCGCUGAGCAGCGUUACAAAGUACACAUCCAGCAUAAAUUUGAUUCCCAGAGCUUGGUGUCUAGUAUUUUAGGCAGUUAAACGGGGAAAAUAUAAAACCAAGACGAUGCUUUGGAGAAUUUUCUUCGUGACACUCGUACUAACUAUUCUAGGAUCCAGCAUCCAGGAUACGAAUGCCGAUGAUGCCUGUAAAUUCUCUACCUGCGACAAGUGCACAAAUGAGACUGGCUGUGUUUGGGUGAUAUGUGGCGGUAACAGUAGCUGUUAUAAUGCCAGUCUUGAGUAUGACAAGAACUGCACCAACAUCUCUUGCUCAUUUGGACCAAGUACUCCGGUUCCCACACAUAACUUCACGACACCCAACACCACUUCUGUUGCUCCUACAGCUUCUCAACAUACGAGCCUACCACCCACGGCCGCUCCAACCCAAAAUGGCACCACACUGAACACCACGACAGCAGCACCACCAGCUCCUUUGAAGAAGUCUACGUUUGACGCUGCCAGUUUCAUCGGCGGCAUCGUGCUAGUGCUCGGUCUCCAGGCUGUCAUUUUCUUCCUCUACAAGUUUUGCAAGUCCAAGGACCGCAACUACCACACUCUGUAACAUAUGACGCCACCUGGAGGCAGCACAUUGCACUACAUGCACACACACACACACACACACACACACACACACACACACACACAUCCCCACACUCAUUCUGACACACACAACCUGUAUUCCUCAAUCCUCCUGUGUUGUCAGCCAUGAUAAUGUAUUUGAUGCCUGUGGUUUGAGCUUUACAUUUCAAUGAAGUGAAGGCUCACACAAAUGUGUAGUUCUACACACAAACAGAAAGUGGUGGCCUAAAUGUGGCACCUAGAGCAGUGGCAUUGUGGUCUCUAUAAGUGACAGUAUUCUUAUUCAGAGCUGCUCCCCACUGUAACUGUCUGGUCUUGUUCAACACUUCACCAAUACUUAUCCCAACAGCUUCUGCAUUUUAUAGUAAUUAAGGACCAUACGCAGAUUACUGCCUCAGCCAAUCCAAGGUGGUUAUGUUGAAGCUGCCGUUUUACUCCACUUGUAUUACUGCAAUUGUAAAAAAUGGUAAGAUGGUUUUGAAUGCCACUGCUCUAGUGAAGUGAAAGUUUGAUGCCAUGAGUUCAUGCUUGCCCAUGGAAAUAACCCUGCUCCCACUUACUUUAGCUUAAUCUAAACUGGGUUAUGAUGUUUUGACACACAGUAGUGUUGAGUGAAGUCACACUGGCUAGUCUGUAUUUUUGGUGCUGAUUGCAGCCUGCCCUGUUCACUGUUUUUUGGCCUUAUAAGAAAGAAGGUAAACUUUAAAGGUCCACCUACCCACAAUCCCUGAAGCCAUACUUGCAUGCUGAAAAUCAGUGAAGAAUAAUUUAAGUUAAUAAGUGGAGAUUUUUUUUGUAACUUUUUUUUUUGUUUUUUUGUUUUUUUUUGCUUAAAGCCUUGCUAAAAAAGUCACAGGCCAUUUCUGCACUUUUUUUUGGUUGUGGUAUCUUGUGGUCCUAGUAAAAAUAACAGCUCGUUUUCACUACACAAGAAAGCAUGACGUCUUUGCAAUAAAUCACAAUACCUAGCUCAACCUUUUGCCGUUAAUGUCUGUAGUAGAACUGAAUCUGGUCUGGUACCUGUUGCCAGGAUUAGUCAGAAUAAACCCACUAGCCACCUUCUGUACUGGUAACGUACUAGUGUUUUGUAAGCCAGAAAUGUGGAGGGAUAGUCAGGAACAGUGACGGUUUGCGUUGACGUGCCUUUGGGGUUUAUGUUUGCUGUGGCUUGUUCAGCUUGUUGUAGGUUAUUGAUGCUCUUUUUCUCCACUCCCUCCCUCUGAGCCUUAAAAGUAUGAAUGUGUGAGUGCAGACUACUCGUUGAUGCGAUGCAUGUGUUUCGUGGUCUGCCGCCUCCUGCUGGAGCGGGCUUCGUGUUUGUAUGCGCACACACACAGAUGUGGUGUUUUGCACAAGCGUGUGCUCAGUUUUAUCAAUGGAAUUGAUGUAGAGUCUGCCAGCCGGACUGAUUGCUAUAUUAUAAAGAGUAUAUUAAUGGAUAAAUUAUUAGUUUAUCAGUAGUCAAAAGUUCUCCAUGUCACAGUUUGUAUCAUCACCUAAAAGCAUUGGCUCUCUGGCUAGCCUUGUGCUCCACGUGUUGGUUCUCGCACAGGCUAGAGCUUUUCUCUGCUUACUUGUCCACCACCCAUUUGUCCUUUUAAGGGCAGUCAUUUGAAGUACUUUGUUGCCAUGUGCUUAAUUUGCAUUUAGUCAUAUGAGAACAGUUAAGUAAAAACAAUAAAAGGUACUUUAAUUGCUCCUGAUGUGGGGGGGCUGCCGCUAUAUGUUUUUGGGAGCUUCUUUUUGGCCUGCCAAAUAGGAAGAAGGAAGACUCAGAGAUUUUGCUAGGAUGUGUUCUUUUUUUCAUCGCUCAGGUCAAGGGAAGGCAGGGGUCAGCUUAGCCACAGGUCAGAAUUUGUUCAUAUCCUCCUAUUGUUGUCCUUGUGCUAACAGCCUCAGAGACAUGAACAAGCCAAGUGCUGAAAAAGUACAUAAAAAACAUGAUCAGAGCCGUUAUGCCUGCAUAAGCAAGGAUGAUUUAGGAAAUGUUCAGCUGGUUUCUCAAGCUUGAAUUCCCCUUUUAGAAACUCUCAAGGCCACUUCUUUUGGUUGCGUUUGCUUGCCUGCUUUUGGAUAUGUGUAAUCAUCGCAGUCUGUGAUGACUGUAGGUUAAGCCUGAAUUGAAUGCUGACCAAGCCAAAUUCCUUGUACGAUACGUGGCAUUUCAUGUACUUUGUUUGAUACUCUGUUCAUAGUUGCUUUUAUCUGGCCACCAUAAGAAUGUGCAUCUAACUAAGAAGAAUAGUGGCUGAACAGAGAAGAAGGGUUGGAAUUCCUACAUUGAAACGAAUCGUCUUGAAUUAGCUUGCUGCUACUGAUGUGAUGUCCUCUGUUUUGAAAUUUCUUUGUCAUUCUGUCAGACAAGGUAAUUUCAGAAUAGUUUAUUACUCUUUCAUUUUUUCUUUUAGAUUUUCCCCUUGAUUUUGUGCUGUUGUUUGAGGGCUUUCCUUUUUGUGUGCCAUGCUCUUUCGCUGACAAACUGAUGACUCCGCUCAUACGCUUUAAUAUUGCUGUCAUUUUGGUUUUGAUUUAUUAAACGUCUGCUGUUAAGGCCUCCCACACACUUCACCGAAACCACUUAAGCCAAUUGUGCGUUCUUUGAAUGGAUUGCUUUUACGCCAAAGUUGUCUAACCUAGCAUGAUUUGGGGGUUGCUAAAUUGCUCCAUCAGCUUUUUUUUGCCUUGCACUGGGAUUGUCAGUCAUAUUUUAAUGUUAAAACAAAGAAAAAAAGAGUGCUUGCCUUUUUGCUUGAAAUCUGCCAAAUGGAAAAAUAUGCUAUUAUAAUUGUUUGUCUUUUCUGUCUUUUCUGCAUAGUGUCUGCCAUGUAAUUGUUUUUGUUGCUGAUUGCCAUAGAUACAGAGUGUAACUAACUCAAGUCACACUGUUGCGUAAACAGUGUUAGGCUACAUCCAAAGAUCCUGUUGUGUUGGUCUGAAGCUGGAGCCUGUAAGAGGGAAUGUGGAAUGAUGAUGGGUUAGAGUUCCAGAGUCCUGCCCACAGAGAACCACUUAGGAGUGCCUAACAUUGCCUGUCUCUCUCUCUCUCUCUUCCCUCUAUCUUGCUUUGUGUCAUUGCUUUCAUAGUUAUAGUCACUCAUUCUGUGUUGCACCUCCUGAAGACAAAGUGCCUUAUUUAUGCGGAAGGUUAAAUGAUGAAGAACUCUUAAAGGGACUUUGCAUGUUCUUGCCUGAGUGAAAAUUGAGUUCAGUGCUAAUAUGUAUAAACCCAGAGAGCUGGUUAAAAUAUAGCGGCUGGCUUACACCAUCGUCCACUCUGUUUAUUUCUUGUUGCUCAUUAGAUUGGUUUGUGUAACAUGCCAUCAUUAAUUUCCUUUGUUAGUGCAUGUGUUUGUGUUUAUUUUUUUUAGUCUUGUUGUACACAAACAGGAUGCAUUCAAAACAUAGAUUACCUGAGGUGUGUCCAGAUGUGUUAAAGGUUCUCUGAAUGCAUUUUAUUUGAGUGCAAACACACACACACACACACACACACACACACACACACACACACACACACACACACACACACACACACACACACACACAUAUACACACACACACACACACACACACACACAUGCACCUACACUUGCUAUCGCUUUAUGUUGCCACAAAGUCUGCCUUAAAAUGUUUUCAGCUCUGUUAUGUUGGUUUUAUUUUCCUGAAAUCCCUUUUUGUUUUUUUUUUCUUUCGUUUUUGCAGUUGCAAUUAGGUUAAAAAUGUUAAAAUCAUUAAUUAAUUAAAAUUUGAAAAUUGUAAAACAAGGUUGCGUAAGCAAUUUUUUUUUUUGUUUCUUUGUGUUUUUUAUACAUGUAAUGUGUCCUGGGGCCUGACUCAUGAGACUCGUUCAAUGUUCCAGACCACCUUAUCUGUUAAAUCAUGUUUAGAUACGCAAGUAAUGAUUGAUCGUCUUUCUCAUGCACAUAAUUGUGAAGUUUAUGGCGAACAGCCAGUCUUACGAAACAUGAGUUUGUUUUUAACAGAAGAAUGAUGAAGAAAGUAUUAUAAAGCAUUUAUAUUAAUAUUAUAUUAUAAUUUAUAAUAAUUGCUUUAUAUUCUUGACAUUUAUGUAGCUUGAUUUGUUUCCUCCACUAAAAAGUGAUCUUUUUUUUUUAACAUGCCACAGAUUUCACAACCAAAAAAAAGUGACUCAAAACAGAAUGGAAAGUUCCUCUUCCACCAGAAGGCUGUCUCUGAUCGGUUUAAAAGAUGUUUAUCUUUAAUUGUGAACUUAACCUGCUCAGGAGCAGGAUAAGUGUUCAGUAUAAGUUGCCAUGGUGAUGUAACCUGGUAGAAAGUGAUCCACCAUCAUAAAAAAUCCAGGGUCAGAUCGAACUGAGCUUAAAGUUCGAAAUUAGCUGGCUGAGCAAGCAAUCCUGUUUCGUGAGAGAGGCCCCAGAUAUCAUAGAGUCGAUUUAUAAUUUAAAAUCUACAGCAUGGUUCUCAUACAAUGUUGAAGAGGUCCUUUGUUUUUGCACACAAGUGUUAUCUGCUUCCUAUAGUGCAAUGCAUACAUCACACAUAGUUCAGAACGAAGGCUUUCCAGUAGCACCAUGACAGAUCACUUGGAGACCUGUUAGACGACCGUUUGUUGGACAGUAACCUGCUCUCAUAGAUAUUUUUUAAAGAAAUAACAGACAGCAAUAUUUUUUAAUACAGAACAAGAAGAUCUGACUAAGUAUCUGCAGCAAUACUGUAUAACUACCUGAUUAUUCAUUAGUUAAGCUUCUGAUGAUUACCAGUCAUCACCAAGUUUUAUUGUGGCUCUAAUCAGAUCCACCUGAUUCACCCAUUCACAUUCUCCCGAAGGCUUGAUGAACUGAAUCAGGUGUGUUACAUUUGAUAAAUAUUAUUAUUAUUAUUAUUAUUAUUACUAUUAUAAAUAAGUGUUUAGUGUGAACGACUAUCAACAAAGUCUGUGAAGACUCUUCCCAUAUAGAAGAAAAGGACAUCACUGCAAAGCAAGGGAAGAUUACAAAAAAAAAGAAUAAACAUUGGUUAGUACGUCACUGUCAAUAAACAGUGUUGCGUUUUUGGCAAAUAUACUUAAAUAUUUUUGAAAGUAUGCACACAUGCAUAUACGUAUACAGGAUAUUAGAAGGAAGUUGGUGCAGGCUUUAUUGUAGCUUUUGUACACACAAGCAUGGUACAAAAUUAAUCAUUGACUAAUAGCUAAUGGUGAAGUCUUUUAAUGAUUAUAUUUUGUGCUGGCUGAACAUUCUGCAACCUCACACCUCAUCCAACCAACAAAUCGAAUAAUAAGUUGGUCAGAUCAUGUGUGAUCAUUUUGAAAAUGUCUUGAAACUGGCCUUGUGUUACUUAAUACAAAAAUAAAUGCUGCCAUUUUUCCCUUAAA